AUGGUAAGGCGCUUCGACGCAACUGCAACGGUCCUUCUGCCGCUAACGAUAGAUCUCAGUCCCAAUCCGGGUUCGUACUCCUCGUCGCAUACCCCGUCCCCCCUAUUCGACCGUGUCCUCGUCGGAGCCUUGGGUGACGAUUACGUGUACAUGCGGUUCUGGCAUGGGCUGAAAGCGACCGUUGCCCCGGAGUGCAUCACUGCCUAUAACGACCUGAAGCUCAGCAAGAAGCACAAGUACGUCAUCUUCAAGCUGUCGGACAACUUCAGCGAGAUUGUCGUCGAGGAGGCCUCGGACAACAAGGACUGGGAUACCUUCCGCGAGAAGCUCAUCAAUGCUACCUCUAAGAGCAAAUCGGGUACCGUCGGCAAGGGACCUCGAUACGCCGUCUACGACUUUGAGUACAGCUUGAGCUCCGGAGACGGUGUCCGAAACAAGAUUACCUUCAUCGCGUGGUCUCCCGAUGACGCCGGCAUCCAGCCGAAGAUGAUCUAUGCUUCCUCCAAGGAGGCACUCAAGCGAUCCUUGACCGGAAUUGCGACCGAGCUCCAGGCCAAUGACCCCGAUGACAUCGAGUACGACACCAUCCUCAAGACGGUCAGCAAGGGCCUUGCCGGUUAA